GAAACCCAACCAAAAUAACGGCGGCUUAAAGUCUCAGUUGACUCAGAUCGGUUGGACAGUGCGGUUCGUUUUCGACUUCGACUCGAAAGCAAAAGCUAAAGAAAAAGCAUAAAAAACGCCGGAACUGCGGCCUAAACCUGUUUUGGCCAAGUGAACGCAACAACAAUAGCAGCGAAAACGCAUGCAAGUGACGAAACGACCUUAAGCAAAAGCCAGAAAAAGUUUUAAAAAUAUAUUACGCUUGGCUCCCUAAUUACAAAAAUAUUUUUUGUGUCUUUAUCCAAGAAAUUCGAUGACGCAGUGUCUGAGGGAAAACCCCCAAAAUGCAAAAUAAGCGAAAAUAAGCAUCGCUUAAAAAGAAAACAACAAAAAUUAACGAAACAACACGCGUACGUGGCCAGGCUAAGGAAGUGGUAGUGUCCGCAGCAGCAGGAAAAAAUAAUAAUAAAAAUAAACAAAAUGACAUUGAGCAACAAUGUUCUUUGUCUGCAAUUGCAACGCCGACUGUUACUAGUCGUUGUAACGUUUUUCCUGCUACUAUCCAGUGCUUUGGCCCAGGGCGAGGAGGAGGAGGAUGGACCGUAUCGUGGAAAAUAUCUGGGGAAACUCAACUCCUACCAUCAUCAGGUGUCCGGCGAUGUGUACGCCGUGAAUGAGUUUACCUUUCUGAUUGUGGGCUUCAACUACGACGGCAACGGGGCGGAUACGUUCUUUUGGUCGGGAGCCAGCAACAGGCCGGGACCGCAGGGCUUUAUAGUGCCCGACGAGUAUGGGAAAACCAAUAUCUUGGAUCGCUACCACAACAAGGACUUUACUCUGACUCUACCCGAUCGCAAGAAGAUUACAGAAAUCAAGUGGCUGGCGGUUUACGAUCUGAAUAACCAGAACAACUUUGGCGAUGUAUAUAUACCGGAAGAUUUUGAGCCCCCAAUGCCCCAACUGGGCGGCACCUUCUCCAAGCGCAGCCACAAUGUGAGCAGCAGCAGCAUUCAGAUCCUAGACUCGAAAACCAUUCGCAUCAAGGACUUUACGUACGAUGGUCAAGGCAAGAGGACCUUUUUCUGGACCGGCGUCGGAGCGCAGCCAUCGAGUCGUGGCAGUAAACUCCCAGAUGAGCGAGGAUACCUGGAUCCCAUAAGAAAAUACAACAUGGAGACCAUUGAUUUGCAGUUGCCGGGUGACAAGACCAUCUUUGACAUUGACUGGAUCAGUGUGUACGAUGUGGCCGACAACGAGAAUUAUGGUCAUGUGCUGAUCAACGAUGGUUUGAAUGUUCCACCGUCUUUGGUAAAGGUGAUACCCUUUGAAUUCUCGCUGCCCAACUGCCGGCAGCUGCACAAAGACUUGCAGGUGUCCUGGGAGGUCUUCGGGCCCCAGAUCACAUUCCAACUGUCCGGUCAGGUGGCGGCCAAUGAUUACAUGUCCUUUGGCAUAUCGGGAUCGGAUGUGUCCAGUCAGAUGAUCGGCUCCGAUGUGGUGGUGGCUUAUAUAGACGAGAUCCGUGGGUACUCUGUGGACUAUAACAUCACCUCGCUGGCACCAUGUGUCCAGGUUUUGGGGCAGAACAAGGGCGUUUGUCGGGACGAUGUUGUCGGUGGACUGGACAGCUUUCAGCUAAACACUUAUGCCCGCAAGGAUGGCAUCAACACAAUCAGUUUCCGUCGCCUCCUGAAAUCGUCGGACGAUGGCGAUAAAGAGAUCUUCUUGGAUCGAAGCAACUACGUGGUCUGGGCCUUUGGCCAGUUGGAUUCAAACAACGAGCCUGCUUUUCAUACGUAUUAUCCCAAAAGCGACAUUGUGAUAGAUUUCAACACCACGGAACCGGUGAACGAUUGUUUUGCCUUCACUUCACAAAAGGAGACACCACCGCAGCUGUGGGAACGCACCAGGAUAACAGAUGCCUCCGUGCGUAGCUUCAAUGCUUACCUGGGACCCUCCGGAGGACUUCGUGGCUAUCAGGGAUUAACUGGCCAUGUGUCCAGCGGCUUGGCCUGGUACAUCAACGGCUAUAUGAUACCCGAGCUGUACCUGAAACGCGGCCUGACCUAUACCUUUAAGGUGAGAGGAGGCAAUAAUCCCCACUCGCCGGAGCACUAUCAUCCGCUGGUCAUCACCGACGAUCCCCAGGGCGGCUACGAUCGACUCUCGGAUGCGAAACAGAGUGAGAUCAGGGUUUUGGCUGGAGUGGAGUUCACCAGGAGGGGAAGGCCCAAGCCCACGGCUGCCGGCCCCUUGUGCUUGUCCCGAUAUCCUCCCAAUUAUGAUCGCCGCCUGGACGACAUCUUUCCCACAUUCAAGAAGUUCAAUCGAUCCCUGAUCACUGAAUGUGUAGAUGAGGCACCUGCGCUGUUAGAGAUUACCCCGAACAUCACCUGGCCGGAUACGGUGUACUACAACUCCUUUACUCAUGGCAAUAUGGGUUGGAAGAUUCACAUUGUGGACAGUUAUACAAAUCUUAGGAAUGGAGCGAGACCCUUGACAUGGUCCCUAGCCAUUAUUCUGCUGCCUUGGAUGGUGCUUCAGUACUGAUCGUUCUCUUUCUCUUCCUGUUAGUUUGUCCUAAUCGAAUAUUUAGUGUCUUAGUCUUAAAUAAGCAGUCACAAUUUCAUGUAUUUGAAGCGCGUUAUGUGAAGUUGAGUUUAGAUAUACAAAGAUAGGUUUUAUAAAAUAUGAAAGAAUCUGAGAUUCUGUUUUGCUUAAUACUCACUCGGCUCUUGUUUUACAUAUUUACAAUCUUAUUUUUUUAUGUCUAGACUCAGUGGAAGUUUAUGUGCUCAUGUUAUAUGUAUUAUUAUUUAAAUCUUAUUUAAAUACAGAUCUGUGUUGUAUUUUGUAAUGAGU